GCCAUCGUUAGUUUCCCAUCUGGAUCUUCCCUUUUGGUCGCUUCCUCUCCAGAGAAGAAGAAAACCCCUUUCACUUCCCCUCUUCAUAACUCCAUACGAAUCGAAAUCGAUAUCGAUAUCGAUAUCGAAAAACCUCUUCCAUGACAACGUACGGGACGAUACCAACAGGGCCUUCGGGGGUAGAGUUCAUCUCGACAGCCAAAGAGAGAAUCAAAUCAGGGCUAGGAACUCGACGACCAUGGAGGGAGAUGAUCCAUCGCUAUGCCUUCGCCGUACCUCCCAACGUCAGCGAAGCCCUUGUUCGUGGCAGAACCAACGUCGCUUACUUCCGGAUGAACUACACCAUCAUAGUCCUCUUGAUCCUCUUCCUCAGCCUACUCUGGCACCCUAUAUCUCUGAUAGUGUUUAUCGCAAUGAUGGCUGCUUGGUUAUUCCUAUAUUUCCUGCGUGAUCAGCCUCUGGUUAUAGCCGGAAGAACAAUGGAUGACCGUGUGGUGUUGAUUGUGUUGGCGGUGGUCACGAUUGUUGCCCUCUUGUUGACCCAGGCCACGCUCAACAUUAUCGUGUCUCUGUUGAUAGGAUUGGCGGUGGUGUUGGUUCAUGCGUCCUUCAGGAAGACAGAAGAUCUUUUCUUGGAUGAAGAAUCAAUGGGUUCUGAUGGGAAUGGCCUCACACGUCCUCUCUCUGCAUCUUCCUCUUAGUAGCUUACUCUCGCUUCGUCCUUCGGUUCUUCAGUCUUGGCCUCUCAGGAACACAAACGGUCUGUCAACCAUUCUUCUUAGGUCACCUUUUCCUCUCUUAUUUUUCAGUAGAAGACCACACCAUACCAGAACAAGUAAAGUCAUUAGAAAGGUUUUUUUUUUUUUUUUUUUUUUUUGGGUGGUGAUGGUUCUUUUGUAUGGUGUGAUUGAUUGAUAGAUAGAUUGUCUGCUCUUUUUUGUAUGAUAAUUGUAGUAAAGAACUGUUUUGUUCGUCUUCUUUGCUGGGAGAGGCUGGGGAAUUGGUCAGCUGACCUAGGCUUCUGUAUUGAAGGAGGGAUUAGGUUUGAUUGGGUUGUUGGAGAUUUGGUUUGGUAACAUUCGAGAUCAGAUGUUUGACCAAUUAAUAGCAAAAAUAUAACUUUUCUGUGGAUUUA